GUCGAGUUUCGGUGUGGGAACUGUGUGUGUGUGUGUGUGUGUGAGCUUUGAUUGUUUUGUUCGGCCGAAUUUUUUUUCUCUGGUAAAAAUUGUUAAUUCAAUUCUGAUUCUAUUCAGUAAUUAUAAAAUCACAACAUAAAAUGGGCCCUGGAUCAACAACAUCGGUGAUUCAGGUGACCAAUGUGGCGCCGGUUAUCACUAAUGAACAACUACGAACAUUAUUCACCAAUGUUGGCCCGAUACGAGAAUUUGUUUGUUAUCCAACAAGUGAUCCAUCACAGCAGAUAUCACGUGUAUGCUAUGUACGAUUUGCCGAUCCAAUGAAUGUAUGUGUGGCACAACAUCUAACCAAUACCGUAUUCAUUGAUCGUGCGAUUAUGGUCAAGCCGGUUCAUGAUAAUCGUAUACCGGAUGAAACAUUGGCAUUGAAAUUAGCCAAUGAAGGCCAUCUUCAGAAUAGCAGUAAUAAUGGCGUCGUUUCACAGAUUGAAACCGUAAAUGGCGUACAAUCGAUUACAACAAUCGAUCCUCGUCUAAAUGCAUUAGGCUUACCACAAUAUCCACCAUUAUCGCCAAGUUUAGAUCCUGCAAAGAUAGAAGAAAUUCGUCGUACGAUUGUAGUUUCAAAUGUUAACAAACAGACAACACCGGAACAAUUAUUGGAAUUUUUCAAUCAAUUUGGUGAAGUUAAAUAUCUUCGUAUGACCACCGAUGAAAAUGAUGUUAUUAAAUCGGCAAUGAUUGAAUAUACGGAUCAAUCAUCGGUGGCAAAUGCUUUACAAAAUACUGGAAUAUCAUUCCAAGGAUCUCAAUUGAAUCUUACACAUACAACAACCAGUAUACUCAAACCACAAUAUAAAAUCAAUGUUGAUCCAAGUAAAUUUCCGGAAACACGAGAUCUGAUGCCGAAACCAAAACGUUCACGAUCAAGAUCGAUUGGACGAAGUCGUUCAAGUCGAUCACCUAGCCGAAGUCGAAAAAGUAGCCGAAGAUCGCGAACACCACCGAGCCAUCGUUCACGUGAUCGUAAACGUUCAUCAAUUUCACGUUCAAGAUCACCGGUUCGUCGAUCAAGUCGUCGUUCUCGAUCACGUGAACGACGUGAACGUUCACCAUAUUCCUCAUCAUCACGACGUAGAUCUUCACGUGAUCGUUCAUAUUCACGGGAGCGAAUACGUGGUAGUCGAAGAGAACGAUCUAAAGAACGAGAUCGUGAUCGUCGUCGUUCAAGUCGAGAUCGAAGCAUGGAACGACGUCGAAGUUAUGACCGUGAACGAGAUCGAAGUAACCGAGAUCGUGAACGUGAACGUUCUGAACGAGAUCGUAAAAGACAUGAACGUAGCCGAGAAGAAAAAGAUUAUGGCCAUGAACGUGUUCAUGGUCGAGUUGAAAGAGAACGACCAAAAAAACGGAGCCGUAGCCGAGAAUCGGAACGAAAUCGAGUACCAGAACGACGAGAUCGGCGAAAAGAUGGCGUUAGCGCUAUGUCUAGUGGUCUUAUCGAACGUCAUGAACGCCAUAAUCGUUCACGGUCACGAUCUGGAUCUCGUAUCAAAAUAAUGAAAUCACCAUUGACCGGUAAUUGCCAUGAGGAAGAUGAAACAGCAAUGAUGAUGAUGAUUAACAAGCAUGAACAUGAGGAUAAAUUAAUGAAUCGUGUAGAAAGUGAUGAUAAUAUGGAUUUAGUUGAUGAUAAUGAUGAUGAUGGUCAUUCCGAUAAUAAUUCUCGUUCAUCUUCACUACACACAAAUAAUGAUGGACAACAAAAGGAACAGAAACGAAUGACAUUAUUGAAAACGCCAGAACAUGAAAAAAUUGAUGCCGAUAGCGAUGAGAAUUUAGGCCGUGCCGAUAUGGACAUGGAUGAUGAUGAUGAUGAUGAAAAUGAUAAUAUCCAUGAUAAUAAUAAUCAUCAUCAUAAUGAUGGUGGCGAUGACGGAAAUGGUCCAUCACCGCCGCCAUCGAUUAGUAAAAAUAGUAGUAGAGAAGAAUUUGCCACAACGGAUAAGCAUCGCCAUCGACACCAUCAUCAUCAUCAUCGUCGUACAUCACCAGUACCACCACCACCACCACCAACCCUUUCAUCAUCAUCUCGUCAUCGAUCGUCAUCAUCAUCUCAACAUCAUGUUAGUAGCAGCAGUAAUAGUAGUCGACAUUAUAAAAAAAUCAGUACUAUGGGACAUCAUCGUUAUGAUUCUGAUGAUGAUAAAUAUUGAUCAUAUCGAGAGUAUAGCAUGAAAUGGAAAGAAUAUUAUUUAAUUCAUUUUUCACAUUUAAAUUAAUGAAUUUUGAAUUGUAUUCAAAAUGUUCCGAUCAUAUAAACACAACAAUAUAUAUUGAAAACAAUGUUUUUGAAAUUUAUUCCUCAUUGUUUCAUAAAAACAAACUAAUGUCGAAUGUCAAUGAAGUUUUCAUUUAGCUUUUUUUCGCACCAUCACCAUCAAAGUUUGAAUAAAAUUUACAUUAAAUAACAAAAAAUAAAAU